CCAUAGCAUUCACAACGGUUAGGCCUACUACAGCUUUCACAUAGUGAAAUAUAUCACAAACACCGGUGCAAAAUACAUGCGUACAUUAAAUAAUAUAUGUACCCUCGGAGUUAGACGACUGUUGUGGGUUGCAUCAUGAGUAGGGUCAAUCGUUGUCCUGGCGGGACGUCGAUCAGCUUAACAGGUUAGCCGUUAAAACCAUGGAAAACCAUCUCAUACCAUCCAUUAUUUUAAUUAGUUGGCAACCAGCAGGUAUGGUGACGUCAGGAUCAGGUUUUCAGCAUGACUGGACGUGGGCGGCUGCCUCAGUCUUGGGCAGGUGGUCGGGGGAGACAGACACGGUCCUGGCGCCCUCCCACUUUCUCUCACUCUUUCUUUGUAUUGCUGACCUACACUAGAAUCCUAUUGCCAAAUUUUAUAAACAAAUCUGUCAAGACAUUGAUGAGGUGUGUUGUGGACGAAUCAUAAUUGGCGAGUCGGUGUGUUAUAGACUGUAGCCACUUUCACGAAGCUAAAUUGUGUGCGCGAGAAGAAAGUGAUUAUGUAAUAUUGGCAGGUUGUGUGUGUGUGAUCCUCUUGAGCUACAUUAUACGAGACACUGCUUAUACCAGCUGGAAGCAUGGCUGGCCAGCCCUGGACGCCUGUACAUUGACAGCUAUUAGUUUGCAAAAAUUGUGUAUGCACAUGGCUGUACAUGGCAAAAUACUGGUACAAUUUAAGGUCCAACUCGACAAAAUCAUCGGGACAAAUGGGGGGGGGACUUUUGACAAAACGCCGGCGUCCUGUUCUCGUUGAGGCUACUAGAGAGAUUGUGGCCCAUAGGUAAAUUCAGCCCUCCAUAAUACCUGUGGAGAAUGUAAGCAGACUUGCUCGCAAGCACCAGCAGCAUUUGUUGAUGGUGUGGGUGUAUCGUAUGGGGUGGUGUUGGGUGCUGUGGGCGGUGGUGGGGCUGGGGUGGGCGUGUAGUGUGUGGUUGCAGUUCUCAACGUCAACCGUCCACCACACCCCACAGCCAGCCUCCGUGGUCCUUCAGCGCCCAGCUCCCUCCCACCGUACACACAGUGGACCGGACACGGACCGUACAUGCGUGACCAGGAACCCUGAUGAAGGCUUUAUUCUACACAACACUCGAGUACCUUCACCUAAGCGUAAGAAGGGAGUGCUGGAGCGUACCUGGGGAUCUGUCAUGGAGGAACGUCUAGCGCGGGUAGCUAGAGUGUGCCGUAAACAUUUCCGCUCAUUAAAGAGGUUCUCCUUCUUCGAUAAGAUCACCUUUGAUACCAAGCACCACCUUGCUUACUGCAGGAAUGCCAAGACAGGCACCACUACAUGGUUAGGGCACCUAUUGGAGUGGGCAGGUGUUGAGAUAUCAAACAUGACAUCUCACCAGAUCCAUGAAACAGCCACACAUGCUUUUCCUCCCCUACUGCCUAAGGCAGCUGCCCAAGAGUUGCACCACCUGCCCAUUACCUUUACUGUGGUCCGGCAUCCUUUCACCAGAUUAGUAUCUGCAUAUAGAGACAAAAUGCCAGAAAAAUAUAAGAGAGAUAUGCAAAUAAAAAUGAUAUCAAAAUAUAGAAUACAGCAAAGAAACACCAGCUCUGUUAGAAGUGAAGUUAUAAGUGGCAUCAAUAAACGCUUUGAUGAAGUAGAAGGCUUUGAAAAAAACCUGAAAGAUGUAAAUGAUAAUAUUCCCAGUUUCAAAGAUUUUGAUAUGCUAUCGGUGAAAGACUCUACAUUAAUACUCAAUCAAACAUUAACUGGGGCAUUACCUGCCCUAAAUGAGUCUCCCGAGACAGCACAGGACAUGGGCAUACCAACCUUCCGUGAGUUUGUGUUGUUUGCAAGUGAUCAGGUGCUGAAGUGUGCACGUGAUGUAAAUUUCACUUGUUUUAAUGAAGUGGAUGUACACUGGCGGCCUUUUUAUGAUCGCUGUGCACCCUGUGAUGUGCCCUACAAUAUUAUUGCUAAGAUUGAAACCUUUGCUGAAGAUGAAAAGUACUUGAGCCAGCUGACGGGGCUUCCUAUGUGCACUGAAAAAUCGCCCAAACUACAUUCAGCCAAAUCUCCUUCCACUACUACCCUCGCCAAGAAAUAUUUUUCUACUUUGAAUCAAAGUGAAAGGGAACAAGUUUUCAAAGCAUAUUAUUAUGAUUUUCUCCUUUUUGGCUAUUCACCUGAUAUAGAUUUAUAAUUAAUUAAUAUCACUACUGCAAAAUUUUAUUUCUUUUGAGUAAGAAAAAUAUAGUUUUGGGAUUUUACUUGCAAGAAUUAUGUUUACCUUUUUCAAUAUAAUUUUUUUUUCUAUAGAACUACCAGGGAGAAAACAUAAAUUGGCCUACCUAUAGAGGCACAGGAAGUGGUGCAUUUUUUACGCCAUCCUACUGAAACCUCGAAAUGCGCCAAAAACCUCCCCAACUAUGUAACGAACUACAGAAUUCUCUUGAAACUACAGCAAACUCGUUCACCUUA